AUGUCCAUUCGGACGCAGGUGCUUGGAUUUGUGGAUGUGAUGAUGCGGGUGCCGCCCAUCAUGGUCAUCGAUGAGAUCCUCAAGAUUGGCAUGGGUCUGCCAACGCGACUCUAUCCGGACAAAGUCACACCCACUGACGCAGUGACAACAUCCACGACGUCACCUGGAACUGGGUAUAUGGAUGUCAACACUAGCACAGACACAUUUAGCACCAUCAAAGCGUUCUUUGGCAUGGGCAGUGAUGAGACAACAACAGCAACAGCUGCUGCUGCCGCCGUCUCUGCUGUCACAUCCUCCAUCAGCAACAGCAGCCAAGAGAUUCUGGAAAAGUCCAUUGAGAAUGCCUCCAAAUCGGCGCAUGCCAACGGAUUGCUAAGCAAUACCUUCAACACGCUCAUUGACGAACUGGCACACGAUGGAAUGCUGUCCGACAUUCUAAGCAUAACGACGAUCAAAUUCGUCAUUUGUUUAUUAGGUUUCUUCAGCGCCGCCUGCAUUUUUAUGCUUUGGACGCGACACUUGGUGAUGGUGUAUAUGUUUCUUACCUCGCUGGGACUCUCAUUUCUCUCGUAUUGGUCCAAUGUCAGUGCCCUGGCGCUAAUGGAGAACAGUCCUUGCAUACUACAGGAUCUGAUGUCCAUGAAUACCACCAGGCUAUUGGAUUCGGGCGGCGUUGUCAUGUCCCUGGCGCCACAUAUCAUCGCACAGUGGUUUAUGGGCAUGCUAUUCGCCUAUAUUCAUUUGGGUCCGCGUUUAGCGAUCGUUCAGAAAAUGAUGCCCAUCAUCUUUACUAGUCCAAUUCUAAUUGCCAUGUUGCCGCUGCCGCCGUACAUAGUGGAAAAGUUACCCGUGGUUGCUGGCAUUACGCCCAUCUUACUGACCAAAAUCACGUUAGUGCAAAGUGCCAUGGAAGCCAGCAGAACGGUCUACAAUGGCUACCAAUACGCCAUGAAUUUCGUAUCCAAUUUUGGACUCUCUGCGCUCAUUGAAAACGAAUGGCAACGGUUGAAUGUGCCUAACGUUUUGCGACUCUUCUGGACAAUAAGAAUAAUGCAAGGAACCUACGCAUUGAUCACCACUGAAACGGACGUUCCUUUGCAGCUGUUUCCAUCAAUUGAAAAGCUCCUCGUUGACGGUUGUGAAACCUUGACCGCUGUGCUGGGCAUGACUGGUGUCAUAUCAAUGGUGUGCCACUACAUUGGACGCGGCUUUCAAUGGUAUCUGCUGACCUACGACAAUGAUGAGGAGAAAUCCCUGGGCACCGUUUCGGCAGUGCUAUUUUACAUAUUGGCAUUGCAAACUGGUCUCACAUCCCUGUCGCCGGAUAAACGAUUUGUGCGUCUGUGUCGCAAUCUCUGCCUUCUGGUCACUGCACUGCUGCACUUCCUCCACAACAUUGUAUCGCCCAUUUUGAUGUCACUGAGUGCAGCUCGCAAUCCUUCACGCAAACGACAUGUGCGCGCCUUAUCAGUGUGCGCAUUUCUUAUAUUGAUGCCAGUCAGUUUGCUUUAUUAUCUGUGGUCACAGCACUCGCCCUCCACUUGGCUGCUGGCAGUGACUGCCUUCUCCGUGGAGGUGAUAGUCAAGGUGCUCGUUUCCCUGGCCACGUAUACGCUGUUUCUGUUGGACGCCCGUCGUCAGUUUUUCUGGGAGAAGUUGGAUGACUAUCUGUACUAUGUGCGCGCCUUUGGCAAUUCAGUCGAGUUCUGUUUUGGAAUCCUGCUCUUUAUAAACGGUGCCUGGAUCUUAGUCUUUGAAUCGGCCCAAAAUGCUACAGGCGGCGCCAUCAGAGCUAUCAUGAUGUGCAUUCAUGCCUACUUCAAUAUCUGGUGCGAGGCACGCGCCGGCUGGUCUGUUUUCAUGAAGAGACGUUCGGCGGUUCACAAGAUAUCAGCGCUUCCAGAAGCGACUCCUGCCCAGCUUCAAGCCUUUGACGAUGUCUGCGCCAUCUGCUAUCAGGAAAUGUACUCGGCCAAGAUAACGCGUUGUCGUCAUUUCUUCCAUGGUGUUUGCCUGCGCAAGUGGCUCUACGUACAGGAUCGGUGUCCCCUGUGUCACGAGAUUAUGAUGUACACCGAUAAGCCGGAGGACAAUGCCCAAGAUGCAGAUCCAACUGCUGCGGCACAAGCUGAACAGCCCAUCCGCAUAUAUCCCCGCGACGAUGGAAAUAACGCUGGUCCGACGCGUCGGACGCCCGAUCGAGCUGCCGAAGCUGCUGCAGACGUUGCUGCCACUUCAUCCAGUGCUGCCACAGCCGCUGCGAGCAGUGAUAAUGCGAGCGAAGUGGCAGCAAUUGCCGCUGAGACGAGAGCGACCACAGCAGCGAGCAGCAGCAGCAGUAAUGUGAGCUAUAUGAGUGCAUCCGGCCAACCUCCGCCAUCGACAGCAACAUCAGCGGCGGCUGUGGCAACAGCUGCGGCAAGCAACACGACGCACAUAUUUCGGUUGUCACAGGAACAGCAGUGAACUGUGUACCGUUAACUCUAUUCUUAAUCAUACCACAUUUAACUGUUCUAUGUGUUAGUGUACUUAUGUAAAAACUCGAAACUCUUAUACGGAACCAUACUCUGCUUGUUGAACGUUUCGAUAAAGAUAAUUCCUAAACACACGCAUAAGCACUUGAUCCUCAUACGCACACACACACAUAUACACAUACACACAUACACCAACACAAAUCCAAGGGCGCGUCAAAAUGUUUGGCUUAAAUCCCACACUAAGUUAAAUUAUAUACCUUGCAUAUAAGUACGUACAUAUUAUAAUAUGACCGUGCCGAACGAAACGAAAAAUCAAUCAGAGAUCUUUGUAAAUUAAGUUUAUGGUAAAAAGUUGACCCAAAAAUGUUGAAAAAGGUUAGUUUUAAGUUUACAGUGAAAAGGUGUUGAACAAAAACAUAAGAAAACAGUAAAAAAAAAACAAAACAAAAUGUAAUGCGGUGAAGUCUGAAAAUGAUUUAAUCAAGUACCAAGUAAAAAACUAGUUAACAAAUCGCGAUAUAAUUUGUAAUGUACAAGAAAUUAAAAUUAGCAAAUUUUGUUUUCUUAUUACUUAUUUAAUUUAAUUAAACGAAAGAAUGGCGAAAAAAUACAGAAUAAUACAAUACAAUAUGUAAGCAAGAAUUAAUUGCGACGUAUUUUGACUAGAUAACAAUAUUCAUGGAACUUGUUUGAUCCUCUCUCGGUUAAAAUUAAGUUCCCCAUUGGAUCAUCUGAACAGUCUAGGAUUUUGGAUUCUUUGUGAAAGGAAAAUACCACCGUGAAACAAUGGUGGUUAAUAGAUCCAAUUGAUAAGGCAGCUAAUGUAUAAAACUUGUAUAUAGAACAUAUGCAUAUUGUAAUUUAAUGUCAAGUAUUUUGUAUUGCAACAUGUUAACCAAAAUACAAAUUGCCUUAAAC